AUGGAGGCCGAAGCAAAUAUCACUGGCUUAGGACCGACAAAAGAUGCCCGGGUCUCAAAAGACAGCAAUAUCAUUGCAGCUAUUCCCCCAGAGAGGGGAUUUCGCGCUUGUAUCGAGUGCCGACGACUCGACGAAACUCCAAAAAGCCAAAGCUCUACGGGCCAAUCUCCAGGAAGAGAGCAAGGCAGCGAUCAAUCAAUUGCUACGAGCCCUAGUUACUCCGGAUCAGUUGGGACUUGUCGAGACGAUGCGGAGCAGGACGCCAUAGUGGCCCUAGGCUGUACUUCCGCCAACUCAACAAGCCAUUGUCUCGAGCCCAGAGCUGAUCGAAAAGUCGAAAUCGAAGCUAGAGGUGCUGGAGAAAGCACAGAAAAGAAUUUAUACCGGACCGAGAUACCUACUGAAGUGGCAACAGAGCUCGUCAAUUUGUACUUCGAUAAAAUUCAAGCAUGGUUGCCAUUGCUUCAUCGACCAAACUUCUUCGCCAGGUACAUUGUCGAUGGUAGUUUCCAUAAAGAGAGGUUACUCCAGGUGUCGCUGGAAGAGGGCCUUCUGUUAUAUGGUAUCUUUGCUCUCGCCGCGCGACACUCAAAUAAUGAGUACUUCCAGGGAUUGUCACCACCGAAUCGUGGGGAUAAUUUCGCCGAAUGGGCGAUUCAAUAUUACGGCCGACUGCGAUCGUCCGAUAGCGAAACAACGUUGGAAUAUUUACAGGGGUGUGUAUUGUUGGCCUUUUAUCUCUACACGGCCGGCCCAAGUCAUCAAGCAUGGAUACUCACCGGGGUAUGUGUUCGCUUAGCUUACGACCUCGACGUCUGCUGUAUGGACGAAGAAGACGGCGGCAAUGAAAUGGCGUCCACAAAGUGGUCGGCAGAAGAGGAGCGUAGGAGAGCAUUUUGGCUCGUAUGGGAGAUCGAUACGUUCGCUUCAAUCCUCUCAAUGAGGCCGCGAGGACUCAACAGCCAAAGGAUCAUUGUGCGUCUCCCGGUCAGCGAUGAAGCGUGGUUUUCCAACAACCCAUGCGAGUCACCGGUCAUUCCACUUAAUCCAACACAGGUUUGGAGAGUCUUGCUCGACUCUCCGAACAAAGACGAGCGAGCGUGGUUCCUCGUGGCCAACUAUCUGAUGGCUUUGGCGUACGAGGCAGCUUCAGGCCAGCAGAAGUCUCAGCGAGAAUAUAGCGAUCUCGCUAGCUCAAUAACUUACUUCUCUCUUGCAGUUUCUCGAAGAUAUGGACUGGAAACUAAGCCGCCUGUCUUCACUGCCAGGACUUUUGCGAACGCCAAUUGGAUUAUUGGCAUGCAUCUAAUGUUGGCAAACACUCAAGCGUGUUUACAAGUUCUGACAGCAACACCGGCGUCGGGUGUUGCGACGAUCGGAGAUGACUAUUCGAGAAUCCUCAACCGUUGGCACCCCGAAUACAUCGCCUUCAGUCACCCAUUCUUCGCCGGAACACUUCUUUCUGCCCGCACCUAUCCAUCAACGUCUUCGUCGCGGUCACUAAGUUCAUCGUGCAACCAAGAGCUUUCAGCCCUAAUUCUUUCCCACUUUGCUACUUUCUGGGAGCUAGGUUCUGUGCUGCUGGGUGAGUACAUCCGUUUCUAUAUCGAGACCAUUCAUUCACUCUAA